GAGAGGAGAGGCGAGGCGGGGCGGAGCGAACCGCCGGCUGCCCGCCCUCCCUCCCUGCUGCUCCCCCCGCCGCCGCCUCUCCUCUCCGGCCUCCCUGAUGCCGAGGAAUGGAUAGAGCGGCUGCCCUGCGAGCCGCCGGCAUGCUGGAGAGGAAGGAGCGGAGCGGUGGCGAGGCGGCGGCCGGCGGCGGCGCGGGGCCCCGGGCGGGCGCGGCGGCGCGGGGUUUGCCGGCCGUGCGGAGCACGCUGCAGCAGUGCGGGCUGCUGCAGGACCUCAUCGACAUCUCGCUCUCCAACCUGCGCGGGCUCCGCACGAAGUGCGCCGCGUCCAACGACCUCACCCAGCAGGAGAUCCGCACCCUGGAGGUGAAACUGAUUGACUACAUCCACAGACAACGGCAGUGUAAGCUGAGUGUGCCCCUGAAUGACAGGACAGCAGAGCUCAACAGCUACCCAAGAUUCAAUGACUGGUUAGACAUUGUCAAUGUGAGGAAAGAAGUUGUACAGAGAAUACCAGAGGAGCUAACCUUAGAUGCCUUACUAGAAAUGAAUGAGUCAAAGGUGAAAGAAACAAUGAAGAGAUGUGGUGCCAGAGAUGAGGAGUGCUCCAGACUCAAUGGGGCACUGAGCUGCUUACGGAAGGUGACUGAAUCAGGUGGGGAGUUAAAAGAUGAUGUGCUGAUGAAUCUUUCUGAGGCACGCCGAGAGAACAGCUCUACAAACACGAUCGAAUCCCCCUGCUCCUCUGCGCCCACAUGGACUCCCUCUGCACUGCACCUUCCUAAGGGCAACAGCCAGCAGGCACGCUCCGUGUCAGUAUCUACAAUCCCAUCCUCAGAUUCUCUUGCCUCAAGUCAUGGACCUUCUAUCUAUGCAGAAAACCUCCUGGACCCUUUUGCAUUCCCCGCACACAGUGGAAGGUUAACACCAAGGACUCCUCACAGCAUCACCAUCACUCCACCAACCACUCCUCAAGCCAAGAGACGGCAUAAGUUGAAGCCACCACGGACUCCUCCUCCCCCUUGCCGGAAGGUGUUUCAGCUGCUACCUAACUUUCCAACCCUCACAAGGAGCAAGUCCCAUGAAUCACAGUUGGGAAACAGGAUAGAUGAAGUUCCUCCAAUAAAGUUCGAACUCUCCCAAGGAUCCCCUCAAACGGUACGAAGAGACUUUGGCCUAGCUGUAACACACAGGUUCUCUACAAAGUCUUGGUUAUCUCAGAUUUGCCAAGUCUGUCAGAAAAGCAUGAUGUUCGGGGUGAAGUGUAAGUACUGCAGAUUAAAAUGUCACAACAAAUGUACUAAGGAGGCACCUGCUUGUAGAAUAUCCUUCCUUCCCAUAACAAAAAUAAGAAGAACAGAGUCUGUCCCUUCUGAUAUCAAUAAUCCAGUAGACAGACCAACAGAACCACAAUUUGGAACUCUUCCCAAGGCACUAACUAAAAAGGAGCAUCCACCAGCAAUAAAUCAUCUGGACUCUAGCAGUAAUCCUUCUUCUACAACCUCAUCCACACCAUCUUCUCCAGCACCUUUCCAGUCUUCCAACCCUCCCAGUGCAACACCUCCCCCAAACCCAUCUCCUAUGGGCCAGAGAGAUGGACGAUUUAACUUCCCAGCUGCCUACUACAUUCAGCAUAGACAACAAUUUAUCUUCCCAGAAAUUCCCAGUCCUGCGCAAAUAGCACAGCCUCCAGAAACAGCUGCAGACACUAAUGCUGAUCAACAGCCAGACACAGAUGGAGUUGAAUGUGAAGCAGAGGUGGAAGAACCGGAGACUAAUAAAUCAGAACCUGAAGAUGAUGAGGAUGAGGUGGAAGAUUUGCCAAACAGACGGCCACACUUGCAAGGGAUGAUUUAUCGCAAACCUAGCCAGACCAGCGUCUACCUGCAGGAAUGGGACAUUCCCUUUGAACAGAUUGAACUGGGGGAUCCUAUUGGCCAAGGACGAUGGGGGAAGGUUUACAAGGGAAAAUGGCAUGGGGAAGUGGCCAUCAGGCUGUUGGAGAUAGACGGGAACAAUCAGGAUCAUCUCAAGCUCUUUAAAAAGGAGGUGAUGAACUAUAGACAGACCCGGCAUGAGAACGUAGUACUCUUCAUGGGAGCAUGCAUGAACCCUCCUCAUUUAGCAAUCAUUACCAGCUUCUGCAAAGGAAGGACGCUUCACUCAUUUGUAAGGGACCCCAAGAUAUCCCUGGAUAUUAACAAAACCAGGCAGAUAGCACAGGAGAUCAUUAAGGGCAUGGGGUAUCUUCACGCAAAGGGGAUUGUACAUAAGGAUCUGAAAUCCAAGAAUGUUUUCUAUGACAAUGGGAAAGUUGUGAUCACUGACUUCGGAUUAUUUGGAAUUUCGGGUGUGGUUCAGGAAGGAAGGAGGGAGAAUGAAUUGAAGCUGCCUCAUGACUGGUUAUGCUACCUGGCCCCUGAAAUUGUUCGUGAGAUGGCCCCUGGGAAAGACGAAGACAAGUUGCCUUUCUCCAAAGCUGCAGAUAUCUAUGCCUUUGGGACUGUGUGGUAUGAGCUCCAAGCAAGAGAAUGGCCUUUCAAGAACCAGCCUGCAGAGGCGCUCAUCUGGCAGAUCGGAAGCGGUGAAGGAGUGAAACAAGUCCUUGCAACUGUUAGUUUGGGGAAAGAAGUCAACGAAAUUCUCUCAGCGUGCUGGUCAUUUGAUCUCAGUGAGAGACCUAGCUUCACUGUCCUCAUGGAUAUGCUUGAAAAACUGCCAAAAUUGAAUCGUCGGCUCUCCCACCCAGGGCAUUUCUGGAAGUCUGCUGAGUUGUAGCUACUGGUGCAAUAAUGGGCUCCACCUUGCAUGCUUCCAUGUGUUGUAUCCUAACCGGCAACUUGGACAAUCACCUUCCAUUUAAAAAAGCAAAAACAAACCACGAAAUUAACCCAUGGACAUAAUCAACACUUUAUCCGAAUUCUCCUUUUCUGCCUUUUUCCGCUUGGUGUGGGCUGUUAGCUUGAAUAACAACUCCUGUCUGCAAGAAGUUACUGUCUAACAACGUGGCCAUCUUUCACUUCUGAAGCAUUUCAGCAGGCUGUAACUUCCUCCUGGAAAGGGUCUAGUGAUCUGCUCUCUAAGUAACCAGGUGCAAGCAACAGCAAGUGCUGUGUGUCCUGCCCAGCAGGUUGGGGGUUUUCCUGAAAGUGGUGUGACUUGUGCAUGUUCUGCAAGUCCCGCGAGGCAGAGGGGUGCAGUCUCCUAGCUGCAGUCUGAGAUUAUGCCUGUCAUCCUUAGUGCUGGCCUGUGGCUUUGUGACUGAAGGUAACAAGUACGUUUUCACAGGCACAUCGGAUGACUGACUGAACACUCCACUUGCACUGCAAACCAACAAGAGUUAAGGGCCAGAUUGUGCUGGUUCUCCCUUGGGACCAGAGCCAGCAUUGAAGCCAGGGUCAAUUCUGUCAGGGGCUGGAUGAAGCUGGUACAGUUCUUGAGUGGAAAGAAGGAUGGUCCUUGCUCUGCUGGGAGCAGAUCGCAGUCCCUUAGCCUACCAGGGACCAGGCCACAAGUGGUGUCCAGAACUAGCCCAUGUGGGUCAGCUGGGAUCAGCCACAAUGCAAUGUAAAAGAGGAGGAAAGCAAGAGCACCCUUCAGUUCCUCCUCCCCUUGCAAAUCUAGUGCUUUGAAUUUUAUGAUUUGCUUCUGUUUACAUCCCCUGUUCAGCAAAAUGUCUGACUUAACGUUAGGGGCUUUGCAGAUUUGUAGGUAACACAGCAAAUAUGUGCCUUUUUUUUAGAAAAGGUCUUUUUUCAUUCUUUACUGAUUCAUGGUUUUGAAAAAAUACCUUGCUUCGGAGAGGAGAAGAUAGGGACAGAGGAGAAUAUGCACCAAGAACCAGGGAGGCUUCUACUGUCUUCAGUGAGGACAAAUACACCCACCUACUCAUUCUCUCAGAAAGUCUGCUGCAAGAGCUCACUUAUUCAGGCUCUCUGCUUUGCUGUCACCUGAGUGUGUGUGUGUGUGUGUGUGUAGGAAGGCAUUUUGAAGUGAAAAUAUUUCUAGCUAUGCUAACACUUUAAGAGUGAAGGAAAAAGACAUCUUUAUGCACUUGCUACAGUCUAUAAAGAGGAGCAAACGGGUUCGAGUUUGUUCUGUUGGAGUUUUUUUAAUCGAUUGAUGUACCUUGUCAAAACACCCCUUUCUCUUAAAAAGAAAAUUCUGUAAGUAAUUUUUUCCUUCCCUUCUACUUCAAGGAACUAAGUGCCCAUUGAAAACAAGUGUUGGGCUUCUACCCACCUUAGGUACUUAUGAAAACCUCCUGUUUCUCCAAUUUGAGGCAAAUCAGAUUUGUGCUGUACGUUUCCACUGAUGAGGUUAGCAUGAAUAAGUUCACGUGUUUACUGCUUAAUUACUUAAGCUUCUUUUCUGGGUGAUCUGAAGUUGUAUGAGAUCAGGAUCUAACCCAUUUUAGUUCCUUUUAUAGGACUGUGGCUUUGUAAGAAAAAUUAAAAAUAAAUAACUUUCCCCUCCCUUCUCCUCUCCCUCCCCACUCUUUUCAGCAUUAACAGUAGCAAAGUUGUCCUGCGUUUUGAAAGAUUUGGCUUGGGAAUCCUGGAACCAAGUAAUCAAAAGAUAUAGCAUGGUGUGUAAUUGUCUUGUGAUAAUGUUGUCUGCCUACUUACACAAAGCAUCAGAAAUCUUCACUGAAUCUACCAAGCUAUGAAACUGGUGCAGCCACAGCUGAAAGCCGCACGACCAUCAGUUCACAGUCCUGUGUUGUUCAUAAAGUCUGAAUUCUGCCUGAGCACCAGCGGUUAUUUAAAGAAUGUUUACAUGAUACUUUUGUGUGAACUAUAUUUUUUUAAACAUAAUAAACAGUGAAUCAAGUUUAACUACAGCCAUUCUCAAAUAGCACUGAAAAAAGAACUAUUUCUAGUUCCUUCUUGUGUCUAUGGUAAAUAGGAGCUAUCUUCUGCCUUCAAAGCAUUCGUUUUCCCCAAGAGAAAUGGAACUGGCUUGUUUCAGAAUGGCAAUGCACCUAGUACAAGGGGUUGGAGUUUGAGAUUGCAUUUUUCUUUCAUUAAGGUAAAAAUCUAUUGCACUGUGAUUUGCCCAAACCAAUCACUGAGCUCUGAGGUUUGCUUCAGCAGGGUUGGUCCAAGCUCUGGGUUACCUUGACUUAAGUUACACUAGUACAAAUCUACUUCUGAUAGGAGAGUUUCUAAUCCUGUAAGCUGUGUCUCAGACUCAAGCGCUCUUCUACACAGAACUCACAAUAAAAGCUGCUUGUUCUCCUACAGUCCUGUAGGAAGCUUAAGACUUGCUGGCCUUUGAAGAAAAGAAAACCAAAACCCAAACAUGACUUGUUCUAGCUCCGCACACAGGGGCCAAGUUCUUCUUUUGAAGUUUUGAGCACAACACGUUCUAGCCCCUAAACUAGCAGCAUUUCUAGAAAUACAACAGUGACCGACCAGACUUGACUCUUACUGCCCCAAUCACCAUUUCAUUUGUAGAAGAAAAGACAUUUUCCAGAGCUGCAGGGAGAGGCAAGGCAAGGGAAAAAGCCAUCCCUAAACGAUGCAUGAAAUAAGGUCUUGAUGCACUGAGCUUGUUAAGAAGAGAUUCAAAGUCAUUCCUCCUGCCCCCCCCCCCCCCCCCCCCCCAGUGUUGCUGGCUCCUAUAGCCAGUCGCAUUUAAGUUUGUAAGCAAGCUGUUUGUUUUAAAAAAUUUAGGACUAAAGCAGUUGUUUGGGGGAAAACUAAGAGUGACAGAAAUCUUGCAACCAGGAAAGUUAUAUCUUGGUCUAGAGGACCUGACUCAACCCAACAGCUCAGACUUGUUUCAAAGGUGAAUUUUAAGACAACAACCACCCCCCACACCCCCUCUCCAAUGUGUAACGUGCAGGUUAUAAAGAAUACAUCUGAUUACCGCAUUUAAGGUGACAGAUGCAUUAUCCCACUGCAAGUGAACUGCAGGCAGCAUUAGCAAAGGCUCCUUCGUGCUUCCCUUUCAUAUUCCUCUGCCUUCUGCCAGCCAGGGAAGUAGGAGAACCCUCAUUACACAAUACACCUUCAGAUCCUUUCUGGCCUCAUAGUGCUUCGUUUUGUUGAGAUGGUUCAUAAGGGCUCCCUGGAAGCCAAAUUUCAUUUCUCCAACGGUACUAGUACAUUACACACCCCACUCUAUUCCUUUCACUGUCAUCACAAGGGCUUGACAUGAGGAUCACAGAGUGGAGCUCUGAAUUCCUCUGUAAGGCAGGCAAAGGGACAGGCACGCAGUUUGGCUACUUACAGGUGGCUGACUUCUGUAGAAAAUUACAUGGCAAAGAAAAUUCCUGAGUUCUGUUGAGCAGAGAGCUUCACUCCUACUAUGUGCAAGUCAGUUAUAUUCUCUUACAAAUAUUUUUGAUAGAGUGACUUUUAAAAUGUGUCGCAGAUAUAAAAGAAAAAAUUGGUUUGGUGGUAGCCAAGCGUGGCAUCGUGGUACUCUCUUGACCUCCUUCCUCUCCCCCACCUUUAUAAAGCAAAUAAAUCCCCUCCAACUAUACCAUGUAUUUAACCUACACCACUUGCUUCUCUUCAAGACUUGCUACUGUUUGUUCUCUCACAGUAAUUUUGUGUCAGCAGUUUUGAGCAGAAGUUGUUUUCCCAGCAAGUACUGCUUAAAUAACUACAGCACAACACAAACCUAAAGCGUGGAGAAAUGUGCUGCUUUGCACCGGUAACAUUACAAACCCAUCGGCCGAAACCCUCCGUAGGCUUCACUGUGCAUCUUGCCUUAGAGAAGAGCCGAAGCUGCUGCUGGAUGCAAAUUGUUGCUCUGUAGCCUGCAGUGCUGAACAGCCCUUCAGCUAACUCUGCAUCUGAGGGUGGCAGCAGCCUUGGUGUGCUCCUCACUAUUUAUUUCUGCCAUCUGUGUGCAUAAAACAGGUCCCAAAAGCUGGGACACGCAGAACUUCUCAGUGUGGGAACCAGUGGCCCAACUUGAAAACAGACAGGGGCUCCUUGCCUGUUCAUCAGCAGUAAUGCUGCUGUGCAAAUGUGCAAGAACUACGCUGGGAAAGCAAUAUAUUCUCAAUUUUUUUUCUAAUAAGAUGACUGGCUAGGAGGACAGCCAGCACCGGAUGACCAGCCAGAUUAAAACAAAAAAAUUAAGAAAAAAAACCAAGAAAACUUAUCAACCAUUUGUCCUUCCUACGACUGCCCUCAGGUGCAAUUCAAACACUGUCUGCGAAGACUUUCCAGACACAGAGCUGCAUUGCCCCUUGCUUUUAGGCAGGCCUUCCUCGCCUGUUUCAGCAGGGCCACUUGCCUAGAACCCAACGUCCUUUCGUGCGCACUUUAAAGCGUGCUGAACGCUAAUGGGAGACUGAUCCCCUGCUGAGCACUGCCCAGUGGUGCCCCGCUGGGAAUACUGCCCUACUGCUCCAGUCCUGGGUUUCAAAACCUGCCUUUAAUCAUGAGUUUUGGGAUUAUAAUUCAACCUGACCUUGGUUUUGUGUUUAACACCCAUAAAUUGCUCUUGAAAGCAAAACCCAGCCUCCUGGACCCAGUAUAUCCGAGAGGAGAGACUUGGUCACUGUCUCUGGGAUGAUUUUUGUUUUAAUCAGCUGGUGUAAGACGCAUGGCAAUCGACCGAAACCGGUGGGGUUGUACAGCUGUGAAGAGAGUGGAGCUCUCUUGUCCCUCAACAUGUUGCAAACCAAGCGACAGUCGUUAGGUUGCAUUGUUUUGUGGUCACACGUACUGUCUCCUUGUGUGCUGGUGUAAGGGCGUGAAGCACGGUAAGCCUGUACCAAUUUAAGAGUUGUAAAUGUGAAGCUGGCUGUACAAUGCUGCUACAAAAGCCACACGUCAGUAGUGAAUGUAAAUGGAGUCUGUAAUAUGGUGAAAAUGGACACGUUUUCUUUUCAAAUGUGAUGUAAACUUUGUACAGUAAAGAAUUUUUUUUAUAUUUUCUAUCAACUGAGUGUCUUCCAGAAUUGCUAUUAAAUUAAUUAAAAAUUGUUAGUAUUAACAACAGUUUCUGUAUUAGUUUAUGCAACCAGCAAAAAAAAGAAAAAAAAAGAGUGCACUCCAUGCUAAUGAAAUUCUGGAUAUGUAGGAAUCUUUUCGGUGAAUAAAUCUUUGCUCUGGAUAAA